UCCGACCCGGCGCCUGCCGCGUCGCUCACCCUCCACCAGAAAUAAAGGCAGGAGGCGGAAGCAAAAGCACGCAUGCGCGCGCGCCGCCUCCACCUGCUCUCUGCUCGAUCGCCCCGCUCCGCUGCGACGUCCGCACCAAGCAACAACCGCGCGACGCCUGCGCUUCCCCCUCCCCCUCCUCGUCGUCUUCCUACUUAGCCCAAUCCCCAAGCCGGAAUUCCUCGGGGGUUUGGUUCACGCGGCGCGGGCGGGGAGUGGGAGGGGCAUGGACCGCAUCGUCGGCGGCAAGUUCAAGCUCGGCCGGAAGAUCGGGUGCGGCUCCUUCGGGGAGAUCUACCUCGCCACGCACGUGGACACCUACGAGAUCGCGGCGGUGAAGAUUGAGAGUAGCAAGACGAAGCAUCCCCAGCUGUUUUAUGAGGCGAAGCUCUACAACGCUCUCCAAGGAGGAAGUGGCAUUGCGAAUGUUAAGUGGUGUGGUGUAGAUGGAGAGGAAAAUGUCCUCGUCAUCGAUUUGCUUGGGCCGAGCUUAGAGGAUCUGUUUGUCUAUUGCGGCAGGAAAUUCACUCUGAAGACAGUUCUAAUGUUAGCAGACCAGAUGAUUACUAGAAUUGAGUUUAUGCAUUCCAAAGGAUACUUGCACAGAGAUAUAAAGCCUGACAACUUUCUGAUGGGCCUCGGUCGGAAAGCAAAUCAGGUAUACAUAAUUGAUUUUGGACUUGCAAAAAGAUACCGGGAUUCCACUACAAAUCGUCAUAUCCCUUAUAGAGAAAAUAAGAACCUGACUGGCACUGCACGCUAUGCAAGUUGCAACACUCAUCUUGGGGUUGAACAAAGUCGGCGGGAUGAUUUAGAAUCUCUUGGUUAUGUUCUUCUAUAUUUUCUCCGAGGAAGCCUCCCGUGGCAGGGACUUAAAGCUGCAACAAAGAAGCAGAAGUAUGACAAGAUAUGUGAGAAGAAGAUUUCAACACCUAUCGAGGUGUUAUGCAAAUCCUGUCCAGUGGAAUUUGCUUCUUACUUCCACUACUGUCAUUCCUUGACAUUUGAUCAACGACCUGAUUAUGCCUUUGUGAAGCGCCUUCUCCGUGACUUGUUUACGCGGCAAGUCUAUGAGUUUGAUUAUGUCUUCGACUGGACUGUGUUGAGAUAUAAACAAGGCCAAAAGGUUCAGCAUGGUUCCGGAGCGACUAUUACAAGAGCAACCCCUGGGGACCUUGACAAAACAGCAGGUGUAAAUGGUGCUUUCCCUCAUAAUGAAGCCCGGGAGCAAACAGGGCCAAGCCAUCUGGCAGGGUCAGCUGCACAAUUGCAGGUGAAACGGUCAACUGAGAGAGGUCCCCACCCUAACAUUCAGCAUACUGAGAAUAUUACACAAGACAUGACUGCCAGAAAGCAUCUCGCCGCAUCUGUUUUACCUGGUGCCGAAUGGAGAAAAGAUGGUAACUCAAGGCAACUAGGGCAGCUUGAUGCUUUACAUCAGAAGCAGAGUUUUGUCAGCAAUACUGGCUCAUCUAGCGGCCGGUUUCCAACAUUCUUGCAUGAUUCGCCUGCAAAUUGACAGGUCAUCUAUUAUAUGAGGCAGCGGGGAAAUGCUCAGAAGAUGCUCCAUCUAUUUCAAGUGGUUCAGAGUCAUGUAUCUCAAAAGUCAAUUAAGCAUCACCAUGCAACAUGUAUGUUAGAAAGGUGGCUGCAGAUUUGUUUGAUGAUGAUGCUACCUGCUAAUUAUGCAAGGUUUGCUCGCUGUUGUGAUGAAUGAUCCAGCAGUUUGUUUAGACUGCUGCUUAAACAUUUUAUUUGUUACAGGAUUCGAUAACAUGUAAAUUGUUUAUAUGUUAAUAGAUAUAUGGUAUGGGCAUAUUGCAAUAA